GAAUGACAAGAGGUAUUUUUAGUUGUCCAUGAAUAUUUAGAGCUUAGAGAAAUGGGCAGCAUGGAGAAAGAUGAAGAGGAGGAAGAUGCAGACAUAAAGUUCUCAAAGAGAGUGAUGAUAUUGAUCUCAAAAUCAAAUCAAGGAAGUAUACCAAAGUCUUCUGUCAUCGAUGCUGAGCGUGAGAGCAGCAAAGAGUUUGGUCCAAUUUGGUUCUUCUUGAUUGGUGCAGAAGAGAACAAAGGAAUUGUACCAUUGUCACAACUAUCUUCUUGCUUUCUACGGCUCAAGGAUGGCAGUGUAACUGUUUCCUUUAUUAAAAGGCAUACCGUGAGAAGAAGCUGUAGUGAAACUGAGGUGGAGAUAAGAUUACAAGGGAGGCCAGUUUUAUCUUCAUGGAAACUGAACAGCUUAGUAGAAAUGUGGGUGCAAACAUUGCCAAAGAAUGAGACUCUUGUUGUUUAGGUUUUGUUUAAAGAAUGUAUGCAGAAUGAACUUUUUUAUCUUUUGGAUGAAAUGCGAAUUCAAAGAAAAGUGCAGAGGACUUUAUGAUGGAAAGGAUUAAAGGAUAAUAAGACAAACAUCGAUGAUUUGUAAAUGUAAUUGUGAUCUUAACUUUUCAAUGUAAUACUAUAUUUCAUACUAGUUAUUAUAUAUGUAAGAAG